AUGGUCAUUACGUCCGAUGCACAGUCUUGUCAUCUCCACAAAGUGCGCGGAUCUCGCUCCGCCUACUGCCGUCUUACCUCGCCAGACGACGCUCGCACUCUCGAUACGUUCCUCUCCACCUCAUACUCACUCACGCUCAACUACAUUCUCGACUCAACCGACGUUCUCCGCCUGAUGCUCCCUCAUAACUCUCACUCCAAAAGCUUCUCAACAUCUCACUCCUCCCUAUCACCUCUUAACACGAUCUCACACUAUGCUCAUCCCCUCACAAUACGUCUCCACGAGAUCUCUCCUCUCUCAUCAGCACUCACACUCCUAAGACUCUCUCACAACGACCUCAACACUUCUCAACCUCUCUUCCUCACCACGCGUCCAUUCGCUCAGACUCUCUCCAUACACCUCCGCUCACUCUACUUCGUGAUCAGGUCUUUUAACAGUCUCUCCACAAGGGACUUGUUACCAGUGCUGGAAGAGAACAACCCUGAUGGUUUCGCAUUGACUCCCCCAAGCCAGAGGGUACAAUUUAUUCUUGGAGAAGAUGAUGAUGGAGAUGGCACACAUGAUAGUCAUCCCCUCUUCAGUGAGAUGGAGACCCUUAUUGAGAUGGAAGGAGGAGAACUGGAGUGGAAGGAAACGGCAAGAUGGAUCAAGUUUGAGGAGGAUGUGGAAGAAGGAGGCGAGCGAUGGUCUAAACCUCACGUGGCAACACUCUCCCUCCAUUCACUCUUCGAACUCCGAUCUUUCCUUCUCAAUGGAACUGUCAUCCUCGAUAUGGAUGCCUCAAGUCUGGACACCAUUGCAGACCUUGUUCUUGACAACAUGAUUAAUCAAGGGCAGCUACCUCUUAAUGGAAGGGAAAAGUUCCGUGAUGCUCUCCUGCGGAGGCAUAAGCAUCUGUAUGAGAAGCAGAAACACAAAGAGAAUGGGAAUAUGUCCCGUCUGCCACUCAUCCGCAGCUUGGCUGAAAUUGGUCGCAAUCAUUCUUCCUCUAAAAUGGAGGAGGGCGGGGCUUCCCCCCAAGCUCCGCCCCCCGCGCCCACGCCUACAUCUCUGGGUGAACCACCCAAAUUUGGACGCUUCUUGAACGUGCCGGGGACUGGUGGUGGUGGUGUUGGUGGUGGUGGUGUUGGUGGAACUACCGAGGGUGGAAACAAUGCCAGCGUUGUCUCCAACCCGGAUGGUGCCAUGGAGACCUCCCCCUCUUCAGGAUCCAUCACCCGAAACCAGAGCGGAAAUAAUUUGGAGUCGGGAGUCAGUGAGCACAAGGGCAACACCAACUUUAUGAGAAAGAUUCCACCCGGUGCCGAGGCCUCAAACAUCCUGGUGGGUGAAGUUCCCUUCCUUGAAAAACCUGCAACUGCAUUUGUCCGUCUAACCCAAGCAGCAAAUCUUGGGGACUUGACUGAGGUCCCUGUACCUACCAGGUUCCUUUACAUUAUUCUGGGUCCAACUGGUGGUCUUCCAAGAUACCAUGAGAUUGGGCGUGCCAUGGCUACGCUCCUCAGUGAUGAAGUUUUCCACGAUGUGGCAUACAAGGCCAAGAACCGCAGCCAUCUCCUGGCUGGUGUUGACGAGUUCCUUGAUGCUGUCACAGUUCUUCCUCCUGGAGAAUGGGAUCCAGCUAUUAGGAUUGAGCCUCCUGCAGCUAUUCCAUCUCAGGAUUCUCGUAAAACUCCAAAGAAGAAUGAACCAGAAGAGGUUAUUGAUGAAGAGGAGGAGGAACAGAAGUUGAGGGAACAGGCAGGUCUAACCCGCACAGGAAGGCUCUUUGGCGGCUUGGUGAAUGACCUCAAGCGGAAGAAGCCUUGGUACUGGAGUGACUUCAAGGAUGGCAUUUCCAUACAGUCCCUUGCCACCUUCUUCUUCUUGUAUUUUGCCUGUCUCACACCAAUCAUCACAUUUGGAGGACUGCUUGGAGAGGCCACAGAGAAUCGUAUUGCAGCCAUGGAGUCCCUUGUUGCCGGCUUGAUAUGUGGAGUAUGCUAUGGCUUAUUCUCUGGCCAGCCUCUGACCAUCCUGGGCUCAACUGGACCUGUUCUUGUCUUUGAAACUAUCCUCUAUGACUUUUGCAAAUCUUCUGAAUGGGAUUACUUGUCAUUCCGUCUGUGGAUUGGCAUCUGGGUUGGGGCCAUUCUGAUCAUCUUGGUAGCUAUUGAUGCAUCAGCUCUUGUCUGUUACAUCACCCGUUUCACUGAAGAGAACUUUGCUACACUGAUUGCCUUUAUCUUCAUAUACAAGGCUAUUGAGAAAGUGAUCAAGAUUGGCUCAAAGUAUCCAAUGGAGACUCAUGUUGAUAUCCCAAAGUCAUGUAUGUGUACUGUUGGGAAUGAAACUGAAUAUGAUUUUUCAACCUAUCCAUGGUACAAUGCUACGGAAGAAGAUUGCAAAAUGCUCUAUGAAGGAGAGAUGAUGGGCAGUGGCUGCAAGUCCUUUUAUCCAGAUGUUUACUUGCUCUCCUUCAUCCUCUUCUUUGGAACUUUCCUUAUCUCGGUGUACUUGAAGGACUUCAAGACUGCUUCCUUCUUCCCAACCAAGGUCCGACAGUUCAUCAGUGAUUUUGCUGUUAUCAUAGCUAUCCUUGCCAUGAGCUUCUUCGACUAUGUUGUUGGCAUUCACACCCCAAAAUUGGAAGUCCCAGGAGUGUUCAAACCCACCUGGGAGGGCCGUGGUUGGAUUAUCCCACUUUUCAAUGGAAACCCAUGGUGGUCUUCUAUUGUUGCUGUAGUGCCAGCUCUCCUGGCCACAAUUUUGAUCUUCAUGGACCAGCAGAUCACAGCUGUUAUUGUGAACAGAAAGGAGCAUAAGCUCAAGAAGGGUGGUGGAUACCAUCUUGAUCUAUUUAUCCUUGCCAUCCUCCUCAUUGUUAAUUCCAUUAUGGGCUUGCCAUGGUUUGUGGCUGCUACUGUGUUAUCAAUCAACCAUGUCAACUCUCUCAAACUGGAGUCUGAGUGUGCAGCUCCUGGUGAGAAACCGAAGUUCCUUGGUGUCAGGGAAAACCGCCUCACCCACAUCGCCAUCUUUGCAUUCAUUGGGUUGUCUGUGGUCAUGACUCCAAUCCUUAAGAAGAUCCCAAUGCCUGUACUAUUUGGUGUCUUUCUGUACAUGGGUAUUGCUGCCCUGAAAGGCCUGCAGUUCUUUGAUCGUAUCCUUAUCAUGUUCAUGCCUGUCAAGUACCAGCCAGACUACUCUUUCUUACGUAAGGUUCCCCUCAAAAAAGUACACUUGUUCACUCUUAUCCAGCUGGGUUGUCUGAUUGCUCUGUGGGUAAUUAAAUCUUUCAGUCAGACUUCUAUCUUCUUCCCACUCAUGUUGGUUGUGAUGGUUGGUAUCCGCAAGUGUCUGGACUGGUUCUUCACCCAGCGUGAGCUCAAGAUCCUGGAUGACACCCUGCCUGAAUUCAGCCGCAAGAAGAGGAUGGAAAAGGAAGAGGACAGCACCACAGAGGAAUCUGAGGAAGACAAGAAGGCUGGUGUACAAUCAAGUGAGGGCAUGAUGACCAUUCCCCUGGCCAAUGGCAAUGUCAUGAAGGUGCCCAUGAACCCCAUCAACAUAUCUGAGGAAAUGAACAAGAGCGGAGUGUGGAUGGACAUCAAUCAAGACCAGGAGAAGCAUAACAAGGCCAACUCACCUACAAAGAACAAUGGGGACAGGAGCCGUGACAGCUGUAAGCGUUGCCAUCGCCGUAAGAAGAGCCGAAAUAAUGAUGGAUCCAAUGAUGAGGCCAAAGAGCCGACUAAGGAUGUGGAAAAGAAUGGCAGCAUAAAGUGUCACAGUGACACAGAAAAUGAUUCCGAUAUGAAAGACACUUUGGAAUUAGAGAAUGAAUCUUGCCAUUUCACAAAGAAACGUGGAACGAAAAAGGAUGCUCUGAAUGAGGAGGAGAAGAAGAGGCUAAGCAUGAUGGCAGAAGAGGAAGAGGAGGACGAAGGGAUUACGAUCAAGGUGACGAAGUCGUAAAUUGUCACACUGUCAGCCAAUUAUCAUUUCAUUAUUUUUUUUUCUUUUUUUCUUUUCCAUCUUGUGUUCCUUUUUUUGAAAAGAUCAUGAUUCCUUUGAGCCUUAGUUGAUGACACAAGCAAGGUAGAUCAGCUUCAUGGAGCCACCAGGUACCAGUCUGAAAGGCCUGAUGUGGUUGUAUUGAUUUUAAAGAUAUGAAUUAUAUUUUUAAGACUUAAAUAAUAAAUAUUUGUAAAGCCAUGAUAGAGGCAUCCAUUAGCUGAUCUAGUCACAUAUGCAAUUGUAAGACACCUUGCUAUAUGUUGGUAUGGCUGUACCUGGACCACAUAUAAAGAAUCCUUUAUGUUAAGGAUUAAAUGUAGCAGUUCAUACUGCUUUAGAGGGUUUGAAUAUUUAUUAUCUUAAAGACUUACUAAUAUCCUGAUAAGAAAUAUUUACAAUAAGGAGUAACAGAUAUGCACCAUGUUUGUGUGAAAGUAUUAAUUCCCCUAUAUUUGAAUGUGAUGAGAAGAGAUUCAGUGGUGUAUGAGAACUUCUGUGGAAGGGAGGAGACUAGAAAUUUCAGAAAGGAUAAUACAGACAGAAUGCAUUUUAGUAUUCUUGAUUAGUAGACUUAAUUCUUUUCAUUGUUACACUAUAUAUUAUAGUCUCUCUCCAAAAUGUAGAGAAUUCCUUGUUCAGCCUUGCCACUCCAACUUUGAUUUUUUUUUUUUUUUUUUUUUUUUUUCUUUUUUUUUUUUUUGCUGUAUGCACAGAUAUCAUUUAAAUAUCCUCAAUCCUUUUGAACCAGGAAUCAGUUUCCACUUCUUACAAGAGCUAAUUAUAAAUGCUUACAGUUUGUUGUAAGUAUUAUUUAUCCCUAGUACAGUACUUUCAAAAAGUAUUUUAUAUUUCAUUUGAAUUUUGAUUAUAUAUGUGGGUGUGUGUAUAUAUAUAUAUAUAUAUAUAUAUAUAUAUAUAUAUAUAUGUUUAUAUAUAUUUAUAUUUAUAUGUUUAUAUAUUUAUAUGUCUAUAUAUCUAUAUGUGUACAGUAUAUGUAUGUUUAUGUACAUAUAUAUGUAUAUGUAUAUGUAUAUAUAUAUAUAUAUAUAUAUAUAUAUAUACUUUCCUGGUUUAGAAACUAGACUAAGGUGCAAUACUGAGACUUUGCUCUUGUAAAUCUCAUUUAGUUCUUCAACCACCAGGACAAUUGCAUAUUUUUUUCUUUUUAUUUACAUUUCUGGUAAUUUGGUUGGUCUUUGCUGCUCUCAACUGUGGGAUGUAAAACUAAUGCUCCAGUUUUUAAGUGCCUCAUUGUUGCUGAUUAUAUAACAUUCAGAAAUGAUUAGUUUAUUUUGAUAGAAUUUCUACCAAUAAUGCUCAAGUUGCAUGGCAAUGAAUGCUGGAUGCAUCAUCCCAGAAUUUUCCCCAUAGCACUCUGAUUGUGACAAAGAAAAACCAAAUUUUGCUUGCAUGCUUCCCUCCCAAAGACAGUUCAGAUUUUUAUUUCAAAAUUAUGCUUGCUUAUUUAUUAUAAAAUUAUUUUGAUACAAUAAGAAUAAAGUACCCAAAAGACAACAGGCUGAGGUCAAUCAGAGGGUGUAUGUAAAUAGAUUAUCUAACACUCACAUAUACAUACACUGACACACACAUUGAAUAAAUAUUGGACUAA